AUGAAUUCAGAAACAAAAAGAAAAUUUUGUGGUCUUAUCAUGUUUGAUGUGCCUAUAAUAUCAAUGAAAUCAAAAAAUAACAACGAUGAUCUUGCUAAUAAUAAUAGUAAUAAUAAUAAUAAUACAAGAGAUAUAAAUCCAUCAUCCUAUGAAUCUUUGAAUAAUAUCAGCGUAAAUGGAGUUCUUGGUAAUCAUCAUUCAUUUACUGAUAUGCUCGCGGGACUCGAGUUUCAAAAUCAUUAUUUGACUAACGGUUCUGUGAAUCAUGGUAAUAAUGGUCUUGCUGCAAAUCAACAACAAUAUCUUCAUUAA